AACUUGAAAAUAAACAUUUAAUUUUUAAAUUAUACAAACAAGCGAUACGAACUUGACUUCUUUAUAAAUAGAGUUGAUUUCUUUAUAAAUAAAACUGUUUCGUCAACGUUUCUUAGUGUUAAUAAAGACAGUGUAGAACUCUUGUAAUAAAAUAGACUCAAAUGUAAAUGAUAGCUAAGAAAAAGAUAAAACUUGCUGAUCAUCUUUUAACAAUUUCUCAGUAGGUAUUCAGAAAUGAUGCUGAUAGUGAUUCUGAUGUCAAUUAUCUCUCUAAAAGAAUCUGAAGGCAUGGUAAACGAUCUCCAUAAGCAAAAUAUCAGCACGGAAAAUUGGACAACUUGUGACACCUUCCUUCAAAAUGCUACCUAUGACCAAAUAAGCGUAGUUGAUGUCGACUGGAUUAUAUUCUACUUCUGGAGCAUGCACUUUGAGAGAAGUUACCAUAUACGGUUCAGUAUUCCGAGCAAAGUGCUUGUAGACCGUUUUCGGGUAGAGUUGAAUGACGUGAUUGAACCUCGUGUUAACUGGACGGAGUCUGAGUUGUUCGUGGAGACUUCCAUAGACCUCAGUGGCCUCUUCAUCAGGACAGAGACCCCGGGGAAGUUCAGAUUCAUACCUUCUUUGGCUUUCAGAUAUCGCUCUGCGCCAUACCUGCUCUUCGCUCUGAAGAUGGUGGACGGUUUCCUGGGCAUGAUGAACUGCAAGCACAAGCAGGCCUACGCCUUGGCUCCUAUUAGGUCGCUGAACCAACUGAAACCACAAGACAUGGAGGCAGCAGCAAAAAAGAUGGGCUUCUGGAAUCCAUUCGGGCGUUCAUACCUCAUGAAGAGCAAGUCCUUCGAGGAUCCCGCGCCGCUUCCACCUCUUGAAGACAUAGACGAUGCAGAAGAUGACAUCCAGAUUGAACUGGAUCGCGAGCAGAACCGGUUCCAAAUCAUAUAGCUAUGUAUAAAACAUUUUUUAAUUAGUUAAUAA